AUGUGCAGUUCCACCAUUUCUGCUGGUAUACACUGUGUUACAUUCCAACCCACCCCUGGAACCACGAACCAAGAUCGAUUUGUCGCCCAAGAAUGGGAUGUGGGCGGUCGACGAUGGAAAUUCCUUGCCGUUCUCGAUGGGCACGGGGGAAACUUCACGGCUGAAUAUAGUGCUGCCACACUCCCAGGAAGGAUUGAGGAAGAACUGCGCGGGGUCGUUGAGCGAUACAAGGGGCGGUCUCAAAAAAGAUAUACGAAGCGGGUACAAGAGAUCUUGAGUCGUCAGAUCUACUAUUUUGAUAAAGGACUCGGUGAUGCCAUUAAGGAACUCUGCCCCGAUCCGUCAUUGCUCGACGACGAACAAGCUCGUAAUCUCGUGAAUGCCAACAAGGAUGUGUUUCAAAGGGCGUUAUCUGGUUCUACACUUGCAAUAGCUCUCCUCGACAAUGAACGAAAUCACCUAUGGGUAGCUGGAUUGGGUGAUUCCACUGUCGGACUGGCAUAUAUGUCGCCGGAAGGAUAUGGCGAUGGAGAGAGGCUUCUGACCCUCCACAGCACGCACACGCCGUUGGAAUACUUCACGAUUGUCAUGCGUCAUCCCACAACAGAGAAAACAACAAUCAUACAGGACGAACGUCUACUUGGUAUUGCCCUACCUACCCGAGGAUUGGGCGAUUACCCUCUUAAAUUCGAGCCAAUAUACACCAGCAAAUUGUUCUUCAUGCUACCGUGUGAAAGCGAGGAUUUUUUGACCAACAUCCAAGCCAACAACAAGACCCCUCCAUAUGUCAUGAACAUACCUGACACCCGUUUCAUCGAUCUCGCUCCCCUUCGGGAUCGCAAUCCAACUUUGGUAUUAUUCACAGAUGGCGUCGACAUUAUCGUUGAUGGCGAAACUCUCGUGAGUAAAAACGAGUCACGCACCUUAGAUCCGGCUGUCGUCGUCGGUAAACUAUUAGGCCGCGAAAUCGACCCUGGAUACGCUCAGGAAACUCUCGGGCACGAUGCUGAAGCGAACUGGAUGGGUUCCUCUGAGAAGAGGAAUCGGGCCACAGAAUUACUGGGAAAUUUAAUGGCAGGCACUUCGAAAGAGACGUUUGCAUCCUUUCUGGGGCCGGCGGAGCGCGGGGAAUGGGAUGACAGCUGGUAUUUUGAUGAUACUACGAUUCUUCUCUACGACCUUCAAGAAUCUCAGCCAUGA